CAAGGGCAAUGUUGACAUGUGCACAGAGUCCUGGCUGAAGUGAUGUCUUCUAGUGUUGGGCUUUUCUCUGUCCUAAAUUGAAUGUUGGACGAGGUGAAAUGUGCGAUACAACAUAAUCUAAUGAAGCUACUAUUAGGUAUAUUUAAUUCUUAGCUGUCGGGAAAGCGAGGGCUGGAAAAAUGAGGACAUGCACGACAGUAUGGGGUAUGCGCAGUGCCAGGAUAUUACUUUCUGGAUCAACUGUACCGCAAUAUGAUCUUUGUAGGCUACAUCUAAGCAGAACGUCUGCCUACUCAACAUCAAAUCAACAGGCAACCAAGUAUUCCAUGCUUCGGCACCUCACGUCCAAAAUCAAAGCAACUGGACCUAUUUCAGUGGCCGAAUACAUGAGAGAGGUUCUAACCAACCCAGUCUCGGGAUAUUACGUGAAGAAUGAUAUGUUGGGUGCCGAAGGAGACUUCAUCACCUCGCCUGAAAUCAGUCAGAUUUUUGGGGAGUUGCUGGGUGUUUGGUGCAUCAGUGAGUGGAUGGCUGCUGGGAAACCUCAAACGCUCCAGCUGGUUGAACUUGGCCCUGGCAGGGGUUCCCUGGCCAGUGACAUUCUCAGAGUAUUCAGUCAGUUGAAAAGCGUGAUGUCUGGGGCUGCGGUGUCUGUGCACCUGGUGGAGGUGAGUCCCAAACUGAGCCAGGUACAGGCAGAGUGCCUGACGGGGGACCAGAGUCAGGUGACAGCUAGUGAGGAUGAGCCUGCCUACCGCAGUGGCGUCACCAGCCACGGCCUGCCUGUCUCAUGGUACCGCACCAUCACGGACGUGCCUAAAGGAUUCAGCAUAUUCCUCGCUCAUGAGUUCUUUGAUGCCUUGCCCAUUCAUAAAUUCCAGAGAACAGAGAAGGGUUGGAGGGAGGUGAUGGUGGAUAUCGAUCCGGAGGCAGUAGACAAACUACGCUUCGUCCUUCUGCCUUCUCCCACGCUGGCUUCAGCCGCUCUCAUCCAGGCCAAUGAAAAGAGGCAGCAUGUUGAGGUCUGCCCUGACGGAGGGAUUGUGGUGCAGCACUUGGCCAGCCGGAUCGCAGAGCAAGGCGGCGCAGCGCUGAUAGCUGACUAUGGUCACGACGGGACAAAGACGGAUACGUUCAGGGGCUUUCGAGGCCACAAGCUCCAUGAUGUCCUGGCCGACCCUGGUGCUGCAGACCUCACGGCCGACGUGGACUUCAGCUACCUGAGGCAGGUGGCAGGAGAUGCGGUGGCCUGCAAGGGCCCCGUCUCCCAAAGAGUUUUUCUCAAGAACAUGGGCAUCGACACAAGGCUGCAGGUUCUUCUGAGGAGCUGCGUAGACCCGUCGACCCGGUCGCAGCUCAUUCAGGGCUACGACAUGCUGGUGAACCCCCAGCGGAUGGGCGAGAGGUUCCAGUUCUUCACCCUGCUCAACCACCAGCGGCUGGCUACCCCCGAGCACGGAGAGGGCAUGAAGAAGAGGAAGGGGCCUGCACCUCUGCCCGUGGCUGGCUUCACUGAGCUUGGUCUCAAGUCAGGAGAUGAUGAAGCUCCUGGCCGUACUCAUUAACUUUGUGGACAGUUGCAAUGGCAUAUGUUGAGGUGAUUUGUCUGCGGAAAUUCAGUGGAUUCAGUGCACACCAUUAUGUUUCCAUAGUCAAAAGUGCAUGUAUGUUUACAUGUACAUAGCCAGUGUUGCUAGAGAGACAUGUAAAAAAAUAUAUCAGGAAUCUCUACAAAAUGUUGUUGCUAAUAGGUAUUCAUCUAUCAUCCGUUCACAAUGAGUGCUGAGCUAUCAGCCGUAACACAUGCUGUUAGUGCUGAUAAAUGAUAAAGCACACUUGGAACCCUGUCAACGUGAGCCUAAGAAGCUCGGUAAAUAGCAAAAACACUAAGUUGGAAUGUGAACUAACCACAGAAGCUAAACAACAGUCAUUUAUCUCAUCAGGACCAGACUGAUCAGGACAGGAGCGCAAGAAGAGUGUGUCUUUUUUUGUCUCCCUGUUCUCUUCUCCGACUACUCUCGUCCGCUCCCUCCCCCAACUUUUCAACAAGCAGCAGAAACCAUUAAUAUGCCACGUGGUGUCUUUCCACAUCUGGAAGUGAUGUGGAGUGGAGUGAGCGGGGCAGUUCGACCACUUGCUGCACUGCACUGCACUGCACUGCCCUGCACUGGUUCACUGAUGCUGAUGUCUUCCUUACAGCAGUAGGAAGUAGGUGCUUUGUUCCCCCUGCUGCUUCGGUAGCAAUUAAAAGAUAAGAUUACUGCCGGCCCGAUACGCAUCACCACUGUAAUCAGCUAGAGUGGACGGACGAGAGCUCAGAUUUUUUUGGUGCGUUUUUUU